AUGGAUGACGAUAAAAUCAAAAGCAUUUAUUUUAGUUUAAAGAACAAAAGUAAAAAAGAAUGGGCAGAGUUAAUGGAACAGUUGACAAAAGAUCAAAAACGUAAAUUGAUCUUUUACAUCAGAAAGAAGAACAAACAUUCUUUACAUAAAAUAAAAAAUAUUAAAACUGAGAAAAGUAAUGAAAAAAGUAAGACAAAAAGUAAUAGACCAUACUAUGAUCACAUCCUAAUUGAUUACACCAAUGUAAAUUAUGAUUUAAAUUUAAAAAAUUAUAUAGCUAGAAUUUUGCGUCUUUACAAAUUAGAAGAUAAUUUUGAAUUUAUUAAGGCGUUACAUUUAUAUAUGAAUAUUUUAUGUUAUAUUAUAUUCAAGAAAUUUUCCUACGAAUAUAAGAAUGAACAGAAAAAUAAAAAUCUUUUGUUAUUUUUAAAAAAGUUAUUUCCUUUCGAAUUUCAUAAUUUUGAGAAAAAAUACAAUAUGAGAUGGGGAAAUGAUGCAUCACCUUUAUCAGAAAAUGUAGAAAAUAAAAAUAUACCAAAUGUAGAAGAAAUAAAUUCUAUGGAUGAAGUAGAAGGAAAUAUAAAUGAAAGAAAAGAACAAUCAAUUAAUUUUAAUAAUAUAUGUAAUGUACAAAAUGAAAUAUUUGUAGAAAAUAAAAAUGAUCAUAAUAAUACAUCGAAUAUAUAUGGAGAACAAAAUUGUUCGUAUGAUAAAAAUGAUUCUAUAUCCGAAAAGAAUAAAACAAAAAUUAACGAAUUAGAUCAUAAAAUCGAUUGUGAUAAUAAUGAUGUUUAUAUAAAAAUGGAAAAAGAUAAUGAUGAUUCAUUUAAUAGCGAACUGGAUAAUAUAACAAUUUUAUCAGACUUAAAUAAAUAUGUAAAAAAAGAAUUACACAAAGAAUUUUUUAAAAAUAAAGAUAUAAAAACAAUUAUGCAAAAUUUAUUUGAUAACAAAAGAUAUGGAUAUAGAAUCAGAUUUAGAAGUAUUAUAUCCAAAAGCUUAAAUGAAAUUGAAUAUAAAAAAUAUUGUGAUCAACGAGAAAAAUUAUUUAAAUAUAAAAGAAAAAAUUUUCUUAGAUGGAUAGGUCAGUUUACAAGUAUAGAAUCUAUUGAUAUGUAUAUAAUCAAUUUUUUUAUAUUUUUAUUUUUGGAUAGACUAUAUUUAAUACUUGAAACAUAUCUAAGAUUAAACUAUGUAUAUUCGAAUACUAAAACGACUCAGGAAUAUGUUAUAGAUAACAUUAAACAAUUUCACAAUUUUGAUUUCAUUCUAAAUAAAUUAACAUCUAGCCAUCCACAUAACAUAUCAUCAACAAAUAAAACGAAUAAUGUUAUAUGUGAAAGUGACAAAUUGGAUAAUAAUACAGGCACGUUAGAUUCAUUAUUACACAAUUUUGAUAAUAUUUAUAAAAACCUUACAAAGUCAAAUAUAAAUAAUUUCUAUUUGUCUUUAGAUUUAAUAUAUAAUACGGAUGUAUAUUAUUUUAAAAUAACAAAUAAAAUAACCUUUGAGAAAUUAGUAAAAAUUGAUAUAUCUUCAUAUAUUAACGAAACAAAUGUUUAUAAAAUUAUUCAAUUAGAUAAAGAUAAAAAUACAGACCCUUGGAAAACAUUAACUAAUUUUGCACUGCUACAAAAUAGAAAAUUAAAUUUGCCAAAAUUUGAUUGUUUCUCCAUCUUUUUAAUUGUACGAUUUAAAUAUUAUUUGGAAGAAUUUAAAGAAAAUUCAAACAUUGAUUAUAUAUAUAAAAUUGUUAAAGAGGAAUAUGAUAAGGUAGAAGAAUAUUUAAAAAGAGAUCAUUUUGAUGAAGAGGAUUUUGAAUAUAAACAUCUGGUACCUAUUUAUCUUGACUUAAAAAAAGAACUUAAAAAGGUUAAUGAAUAUAUAAAGUUUUAUGGCAAUUUAAUAUCAUUUGUAAAUUUCAUUCAAAAAUAUGCUAACCCUUCUACGAAUAUGGUAAAAACGGAACAAAAUGAGGAGCAGGAAAUGUUUGAUUUGUCAUUCUUUUUGAGUUCCCAUUUGAAUGACAAUGUAAAAAAAGAAUAA